AUGACUAGAGGUAAUCCCCGGAAAGAUUGGAUGGAUUGGACUUUCAUUAUUUUAAUCAUCUUGACUUGCGCAUUUGAGUUUUCAGUAUUCAUAAUAUUGUUUGAACCCUUGGUCCACCGGCUUUUGUGGAGUUUAUCGGAUUCACAGUCUGCCAAGUCGGAUGUUGUUAUGUGCCCUGUAGUUGGGUCCGGACCUGAACGCCAUUGCGUAGCUGAGAGGGAACAAAAGAUCUACUCGCACACAAUCGAGGCAAGAGGUCAUUUUGCAGAGAAUGGGAGGAUCUUCUAUUUAAAAGCACAUUUUUGCAUAGAUUCGUGGACAUGCUGA